AUGAUUUCUGGUGAAGGAGAAUGUUUUGGUAGUGAAGGAGAAUGUUUUGGUAGUGAAGAUGAAUGUAUGGGAAAUCUUUAUGACGUUGGAGAUGAUAACAUUUCCAAGCGGGAGGAACGUGUAUGCAUAAACAGUGGAAGAAAGUUUUUCAAACCUAAAGUCAGUGGAUCUCUUACACCUGCUGUUGGAAUGCUUUUUAAGUCAUUUGAUGAGGCAUUUGCAUUUUAUCAGAGAUAUGCACUUGCUGCAGGUUUUUCUGCAAGAAAAAAUACCUCUUGGAAAAAUGUUGGUGGUUUAGUAAAAAUAAGAUAUAUUGUCUGUUCAAAAGAAGGAUUUCAUGUUUCCAAAGCAAUAGAUUCUGGUUCAGUUGAGAAUAGUAAAAAGAUUGUUAGACGUAAUAGAGGUUCAAAAAGAGUUGGAUGCAAUGCUCAUGUGAAACUAUUAUUAGAGGACAAUAAUAUGUUUAAAAUCUACUUCUUUGAAGAAGAACAUAAUCAUAUCUUUGUUGAAGAUGAAGAUAUUCAUUUCUUGCCGGCUGCUAGAAGUAUCGAUUAUGUGAAAGAAAGUUUUAUAUCUGGAUUGUCUGCAAUCAAUAUUGGACCUGUUAAAGCAUUCAAUAUUAUGAAAACAAUAUAUGGUGGUUUUGGUGAAGUUGGAGCUAGUAAAGUUGAUUGUAAGAAUUAUAGAAGGGAUUUGAAUCUUUACAUCGGAGAGUAUGAUGCAGAAAUGGUAGUUAGGCGCCUUAUUAGGAAGAAAGAAUGUUGUCCUGUGUUUGUUAACAUAUUUGGUUUUAAUGCUACUUAUAAAUCAAACAAGUAUGAUUUGGUUUUUGUACCAUUUACUGGUAUUGAUAAUCAUUUUAGGAAUGUCACAUUUGGUGGUGCAUUACUUGGUUCGGAGACUGCAGAUUCGUAUAGAUGGCUUUUAAGAUGCUUUGUUAAUGCUUUUGGAAGUGAGCCUAAAGUUGUUGUUACUGAUCAAGAUGCUGCAAUGAAGAGAGCUAUUAAGGAUGUACUUCCAAGAAGUAGGCAUAGGUUAUGUAUGUGGCAUAUAUGGGUGAAAUUGAAGGCAAAGGUUGGUCCUGUUUUGUCAGCAAACACUGAUUUUAAUACAAGAAUGACUCGUGUUGUUUGGAAUGAUACUAUUAUUCCAGAAGAUUUUGAAACUGAGUGGCAUUCAAUAAUGUCUACUUUUAGAUUGGAAAAUCAUGAGUGGUUAAAAGACAUGUACGAUCUUCGAUUUGAUUGGAUUCCUGCUUAUUACCAUGGAGAGGAUUUGGCUGGGCUUAUGCGUACUACGUCAAGAUGUGAAAGCGAGAAUUACUUCUUUGGUCAGAUUUGCAAUCCAAGAUGUACACUUGUUGAAUUUUUCACUCAUUUUGAGACUGCAAUAGAUAUUCAAAGGCAUGAGCAUAGGAGGAAUGAUCAUGAUACAAGGUAUAUUGAGUGUAAACCGUGGAGUGACUUUGUAUUGGAGAAACAAGCAUCAGAAAUAUACACCCAAACAAUUUUUAAGGAUAUUCAAAUUGAAAUUGAUGCUGCUAUUACAAAGUGUAUGUCAAAGUCUGUUGAUACUGUGGGUGAUGUUCAAUAUUUUGAAAUAAAGGAUUUCAGACAGCCAUGCACAUCUUUUUUCAAGGUGCAAUACAGCAAAGAAGAAGAUGGUUUAAGUAUAAAUUGUUCUUGCAAACGGUUUGAACAAUUUGGUAUAUUGUGCCGCCAUAUAUUUUACGUAUUACGGUAUGAGGAUAUUAGUGAGUUUCCUAGAAGAUAUGUUCAUAGAAGAUGGACGAGAGAUGUCGUUUCAAUGGGAUCAAAUCAUUCCAAUAUUCGAUUUGAUGAAAUUGGUAGGAAUAGUGAGAUUGAUAAAGUUUAUAGAGAGAUUGUUGUUGCAAAUGAGUACGUGGUUAAUAGGCUGGUUGGCGAUUUAGAUGAAUUGUGUCGUUACAGGGAUCAUAUUAAAAGUUAUAUUGAUAAAGCGGAUGAGGUUAUGGUUGCUGCGCUGCCUCCUACUCGCAAAGAAAGAUUUGCUGAUAUUGGAGGGAACAUAGAGAAAUCUGAUUCUAUGAUUCGUGUCCCCAUCAAAACAAGGACCAAAGGAUGCGGUGUACAAAAAAGGAUCAAGUCUAAUCGUGAGAUUGCAAUUCAGAAAUCAUCAAAGAUCCAGAAAUCGUGCCGUGUUUGUGGUGGAAAAGGACAUAACAGUCGAACAUGUAAAGAUAAGGUUUCUUCUAAUGCUAUAGGUUCUAGCAAUGGAAUGUAA